AUGAGCCGAUCGCCGGUCAGUUUGUCACCUUUGUGGCUCGUCUACAUAACUUUUUCUCUGUUGCCGGGUAACUCAACCCCAGUGGAAUCCCAUCAUAUUUUGGGUCUAUUUGUCAAUGUGCAUCGGUCGCAGUUGAUGGUCCAUUUGGCAGUAUGCCAAGCGCUUCUACAGAAGGGUCACCACCUGACUUUGGUCACCACACUGCCAUUGGAGGAGCAGGAGCUUCGAGGGAAUGUCACUCACAUAUUAAUUCCAUGGAAGCAGCCAGCCGAGGAGGACGAGCAUGGAUCCUCGUCAGACAUCUUUUUACGUUUGCAACGGAUGUUUGGGCGCCUGAAACGAUCGGGAGAUUUGCUAGAUCUGCCAGAAUGGAAGCAGUUCUUAGAAAGGACACCUCACUCCUAUGAUCUCCUACUUUUGGGCUAUCAUUUCAACGAUCAUCUGCUGGGAGUGGCUGCACACUUCAAUUGUCCCGUGGCCAUAAUAACCACCCAACAGCCAACUGGAUUUGUAAACAGUUUGAUGGGCAACCCCGAGGAGCGUUGGUAUGUGCCCCAGCCAUACGAUAGUCACCAGAGGAGAGGAGUCUCAGCCUGGCUCUUUGGAAUUUGGGAGAAGCUCAUGGAGAUUUUGGCAAGGAGAGUGCUGGCAGGGAUUUAUAGCUUGCACUUUCCCGAACCCCGGUACCCCAGCUUUGAAACCAUGCGCCGAUCGGUUGUCCUGGCUCUAAAUAAUCACCACAUGAUCAGCGAGGGACCUAUAGCUCCCCUGAUGCCCAAUAUGGUGGAUAUAGGAGGUAUAGUCUUGGAGCAGAAACUAAAUGAAACCCACCGCGAAAUAUCGGCUAGAAACCGAUCACUAAUCAUCUUCAGCCUAGGAACUCGAUUCACUUGGCGCAAAUCUUCACAGAAAUUGCUGCAGACUUUCACAACAGCCUUUUCCCAGUAUUCCGAUUAUGAGAUAUACUGGACUUACGAUGGACCAAAUCUCAGUUCCAUCAGAACGAAACUUCCCCACUUAAAAAUCGCCAAGUGGUGGCCCCAAUGCCAAUUGCUGGGAAGUGGUAGAGCUCGAUUGUUUAUCACCCAUGGAGGUAAAGGCAGCCUCUCGGAAGCCCUUUAUUACGGAGUGCCCUUGCUGGGACUACCUUUGUUGGGCGAUCAACGAGCAAAUCUGCAGAAGAUGCAGUCGAAAAAUUGGGGCUUGACAUUGUCUACUCACAACCUCACUCAUUUUGAACUAUCCAAGGCAAUGGAUUUGAUACUCUCCAAACCAAUAUAUGCUGAAUCUAUAUCAAAAGCCUCCCAAGUUUAUCGCGAUCGUCCAAUGAAAUCCAGCGAUUUGGCCACCUACUGGAUCGAAUACAUCAUUCGUCAUAAAGGAUCUAAAAUUUUGUAUAAUCCCGCCAGGAACUUAAGCUUCAUCGAAUAUUACUCCAUCGAUGUCUAUUUGACCAUCUAUGGGGGAUUAGUUUUAACGAUAACCAUGAUCAGAAAAUUAAACCGUUUGCUGUGA